AUGCGGAAUUUUCUCUGCAUUCAGCACUCGGAAGAUUCCUGGUCUGAAGAAGAAGCCGACAUUGAAAGUGACGAAGAUCACCGCCAAAGCACCCGCCGAAGAAAUCGACAGUCGUGUUCGACUCUCAGCUCAGAGGGCAUUUUCUCUGAGGAGGAAGGGAUGUCCACUAGGGGGACACCUGACCCGCUAGCAACGACAUACAGCUCGGAAAACCUCACAAUGGACCUGGCAAGCUGUGUUUCAGAUGGACUGUCGGAUAAAGAAAUGACGGUGAAGAAAAUGAGAGUUCAAGUCAGCCAGAGAUCAGAGAGGCGAUAUGAGCCACCAAUCACAGAGACAGAUUCCAGCUCCGAUUCAGAUGAGUGCUCUGAUAUUACCGUCUCAACAACAGUCAACAAAUCUCAGCGACAAACAGAGCCUGGUGGAUGGUAAGGGAGACUACUCUGUCAGCAGCAUUGUUUUCCUUACCAAUGUGGAAGUACUAAGUGAGUCAGCACCGUGACUUUGUCUUCACGAGUGGCUGGUUAACACCGCUGGACUUUAACAGACGCAUUGAAUUACCUCCCUUUGGUGCUUAGUUCUACAAAGUUUUGGUACACUAGCUCUGUAAUGGUAUAAAACGAGAUUCCGUGGAUGGCAGACUUCAUAGUAAAAAAAAAAAAUAGCUUAGGUAUGUCGACCUGUGAGAUUUUAACAAGAAUGUUGUUGUUGCUCUGCUGUUGUUGGAGUAGAGUUGGAUACCAGAUUGUGCAAAGAAAUCAACCAGCAGACUGCAAUUCACUGUGAGUAAGGCAAAGAAAGGAAAAAAAACCUUGUUUUCAAGAAGAGUGUGCAAAGAUGAAGACAAAUACUUUACUGGCACACCGUGAGCAUAUAGGGUACUGUGAGUUGUGAGCUGCUAAUGUGGGAAACUGGAAAGUGUGCAACUGUCUGGACUAUCCCCAAGGAAGUGCACACUUGUGCGUGAAGCCUUACAGCCAGGACCUGAGAAAUGUUUGACCUGAAAAGCUACACCUGAGAAACAAAACUGCUUCAGAAGUGUGCUAAAAGUUAUUAACUUCAGAGUACAAGUACAUGUAUGCACAAAAGCAUGCGUCAAGCAGUGUUUAGUUGUUUCCAGAAGUGUGCAGCUUUGGUGUUUAUAACAGAAAGCCACUGUGUGUCUGAAAGAUCCUUAAAAAAGUGUGCUGUCAUGGGUCUGCUAAGUGUGCCCUGGGAAGUGUGCCCUGAGAAGUUUGCUGGCAGUCUUCUCAAGUUCUGAACGAUUGGUUGCCUCGAACUUAGAAGUUGCACAUUGUGUCAUGCACUGCAGGAUUGGUGAAUAUGUUGAGGAGGGUUUGUUAAUGAGAUUGACCAAUCAGUAUCAUGAGAACUGACAUCGUGUUUUGAUUGGUUUCACUGGUUGAGCAGUCAUCUCAUUGAGGCAUCACAGUGGAUCUCAGUAUCAUGAAAACUGAAUUCAGGUUUUGAUUGGUUGAACUGGUUGACCAGUCAUCUCAUUGAGGCAUGGCAGUGGAUCUCUAUAUUAUGAGACAUGACUUCAAUACAAAAACAACCAUCAUUUUUAAGGUAUCAGCAUUGAAAGGCAUGGAACUUGCAGAUACCUUUAUUUCAGAUCUAGAAAAACUUGCCUUCUGAAAGGAACAACAUUGGAUUCUGUGGGAUACGAAAAAAAUGCCAGAGGAAAAUGACUUUCCCUCUGAAGCAUCUGGAAAGCCUGGGACUGGAUUGUCAACAUGUUUAUGAGCAAAAAUACAUGUAUGUGUAUCUCUCUUGUUAUGGAAGUGAAAAGAACUUAACGCACAGAUUCUGUAGAUGGUCUGGAAUAUAGUAGAAUGAUAAAGAGAUUUCCUCCAAAACAAAAAGUUUGAAACAUUCGAACUGAUAAUAGUGCAGGACGUUUGAGUCUACUAUACAAACCUUACUUUUUAAACCUUGACAUCUCCAUAACAACAUGUCUUCCAGAUGUUAGCAAGAAGUUUCUAACAUGUUGAAUGGAAUUUUCCUUAAAAAAAACACAAGCAGUUCAUACCAAGGAUUUUUCAGUCCAUCACCAAAUUACAUACAAAAUAUCCAAAGUCACUGUAGGCACAUAUCUCAUUGGCUGAUACAAAUCAUAAAUUGGAAUAUAUGCAUCUGAUUGGCUGAUGUCCAUGGAAGUCAGUGAAUUGGUGUUAUAUGAUUGGUCAAAUGUUUGUGUCCAUGUCAUCAUUCCAUAAAUUUUAUUGGUUAUUGGAAAGCUGGAUGUAACAUGAGCUUUGAUUGGUCAGUCUUAAUUCCAGAAUGUAGAGCAUUCCAAAUCAGGAGAGAUAUUUUUAUGUUUCUUAUUUAUAAUGCACAUUGUUAUUUUAUUUUCCUGAAAAUAAUUGGUUUUCCAGAUUAUCAUAUCAGUGGUAAGAAUACAUUGCUCAUGAAACGACUAAUUUACCAUGCUGAGUGUAGUUCUCUCUCAGAAACUUACAUUUUAACUCAUUGCUUAUCCUUGUGUUGCAGAAUAAGAUUGUACUUAGUAUGAAAAUUCCAGAAGUUUGCCAAGGAUUUUGAAUUCCAGUUGAAAAAAAUUAAUCGCAUUAUGAAAGCAUAUCAACAUGUACAAUAUAUGUGUGCACCAUUGAUACAUGCACUUUUAAUACCAGUAUUGCAUUGUAUUUUUUGGUGUGUUCUAACACGUUUUUGUGGUAUUUACCAUCCGUUGUUGUUGACCAACAGCCUAAUGGUAACCUGUGGCUAUUAUUAUUAUUAUUAUUAUAUCAUUUUCUGUAAAAUUAUUGUUAUUAUUUUUUAUUAGUAAUACAUUGAUAACUUAUAUUGUUGUAUUUUUUUACCACUGUCGGCUGAAUUUUGUGCUGAGGAAUUCUUGGAGGAGAAAUGGUGUAAUAUGAAGCUGAAAAUAAUGUGCUAUUUCACUUUUGUUAGGCAGCAUUUCCAAAUGCUGCAUUUGAUCUCAGAAUUUUAUUAGAAUUUACCCUACUCUUUUAUUGUGUUACACUUAGAAGUUUUGUUGAGAAACUUCAGUUUUCUCCUUCAGUCAAUUGCAGCUUUUAUGUUUGUGUCUGUGUUCUUUUUUUUUCAGUCUUUUUCCCUGUAAGUUCAUAUUAACCAGAAAAAAUUUCUAAAUGUGUUUUUCAAGACAAAUGGUUUAGUGCAGCCAUUUAUCUAAACACAGAAAACAUUAAUAUUAUACUAUUUCCCGAUAUUAUGUUUAAAUAAUAAAAUUAAAGAUAAGUUAAAGUAAAAAGAACCAUUGAAUCUGAUACAAGGAUCAGUUGAUUAAAAAAAGUGUCGAUUUAUUUAAAUUUUUAGCAUACCAUAGGUAUAGGCUGUAACCAUAGUUAAAUUUUUAUGUAUUAAUUUUACCUUAAUUGAUAUUAAUUUGUAUUGCAUCAUUCCUCAUUACCCAAACCAUACUGGGAAUAGCAUUUCUUGGUCAGAUUACUGCCAUUUGUUUCAGGGGAGAUAAAUCUGUAUUUUUUUUUUGUAAUACUUGCCAAGACUUGAGUCUACUUCCAGUUGAUUAUUGUACAGGGAGAUCAGAUACAUUAUCUGUACUCUUUCGACAGAUUUAGACACCUACAUCGAAUCCUCUGAUUCAAAACUUCAUCUUUUGACAGAUGAUUCCCCUAAACCACAUUCUGAGAAAGAAAAAAAACGUCAGUGUAGUAAGUAUAAGUUGAAAUGAAAGCGAAGUACCUGGAGAAGUGCCCCGUAGUACUCAGGUUGAGAGAUUUACAGUGAGUAUAUACAAAGUGGCACUAUUUGUGUGUGUGGCAACUUUGACAUCUCCCAGUACAUAAUGGCCACGGCCGACAUAAAUCUGCUAUUAAAAGUUUAUUCAAGCCAAAGAAACAAAGGAAGAUUUUCAUUAUUCUUGAUUUGUAGUACACUAUUUAGUGGCUCUAGCAGUUGACAAGAAAAUGUUGCCAGAUUCAGACUAUGUUCAUGUUAAAAAGGGGGCAUUGUGGGCUCAGCUUUAAAAUUCUAGGUCUGCCAGCAACCUGUGGAUGGUCGUGG